GUCAAUUUUUAAAUAAACUGUGCACGCUGAGAAGACUUUGCAAUACAGUACCCAUGAAAACUACCUACUAAAUUUACGCACCGUCCGAGGUCCUUUUUAUCUAUACCAAAUGACGAUCCAUGCAGUGAGGUACUCGAUCAAAACAAGGAAAUUGUGAUGACAAGAGCAAACACCAUGUCGGGCUUCGUCUCCUAAUCCAAGGGUCCUCUGAAAUACGUCGUUGUAAAUUAGCUACAAAGUUCAGCUCCUUCUUGACUCCUUUCGUACCUGCAUUGCAAAGCUCGCACAACCAUGUCGUCGCGUGUGUUGCUGCGGCAACAGCUCAUGCGGGAGCAAGCGCAGGAGCAGGAGAGGCGAGAGGCACAACAGCAGGCCUCUGUGGCUCAGCUUCGAGCCACUGACUCCACUCCUGCUAUCUCAGUCACUGUGCCGCCUUUAGCCACUCGCCCUCCUCCAGCUCAAGUACCUGUGGAGGUGCUUAAGGUGCAAACUCAUCUCGAAAACCCAACCAAGUACCACAUUCAGCAGGCUCAGAGGCAGCAGGUAAAGCAGUACCUGUCCACGACACUGGGAAAUAAAGCUGCCUGUCAGAGGCUUGCUGCCUCCCCAGUGCAUCAGUCAAACUCAGCCCCUGAAGUGGCACCUUCAGCCAGCAGUGCCCCCAACAGCCCAAUGGCUCUGCUCAACCUUGGCUCCAACAAAGAAGAGAUUGAUGAUGUAAUUGAUGACAUCAUCAGCCUUGAAUCCAGUUUCAAUGAUGACAUAAUGUCAUUGAUAGACUGUGGACUGCAGCUUCCAAACACGCUACCAGGCAACCUCCUGGAAGUCCACAGUAGUCCUGGAAUGGCAACACCAACUAUUACAGUCAGCAACUCCUGUCCAGCUGAUCUCCCCAACAUUAAAAGGGAAUUGACUGAUGCAGAGGCCAAAGCUCUCAUGAAGGAGAGGCAGAAGAAAGACAACCAUAACCUUAUUGAGAGGAGGCGGAGAUUCAACAUAAAUGACCGUAUAAAGGAACUGGGAGCGCUGAUACCCAAGUCAAGUGACCCAGAGAUGCGCUGGAAUAAGGGCACAAUUUUAAAGGCUUCUGUGGAGUACAUCAGGAAGCUCCAGAAAGAACAGCACAGAGCCAAAGAGAUUGAGAUGAAGCAGAAGAAGCUGGAGCAUGCCAAUCAGGUCCUGCUGCUCCGCAUUCAGGAGCUGGAGAUGCAGGCUCGACUCCACGGCCUCUCCAAUCCUGCAUCUGGCCUGGGCUCGGACACCCUCCUUCUGCAGCAGCAACAGUCUCAGGCCAGUCAGCCUCUGCAGCCCACCUCAGGAGAGACCCAUCCACAGGCCCUCCUCAGCCUGGACGGAGCUGUGGGACAGACAACUCCCUCUACCUUUCUCUCCCCACCACCUUCCGGAUCUCCAUCUGCAGGCACCAUCAGCAGUCCCUUGGACUUGGGCACUCUAAGCUUUGCCGAGUUGGGUGACCCCGCUGCCUCUGCCCUGUAUGCAGAUGUAGACUUGGGGGACAUGCUGAUGGAUGAGGAGUGUGCCGUGCCUCCUGUCAGGUGCACCGACCCGUUUUUCUCAUCGGUGUCUCCAGGUGCCUCCAAGACCAGCAGUCGCAGGAGCAGCUUUAGCAUGGAUGAAGACUUGUGACAGGAGAGUGCAACUGAAGAGACAAUCAGAUACUUGUGAAUAUGUCUUUCUUUGGUUUGGAUAGGGGGAAAGAAAAAACCCUCUUGAUACUAAGACAGAUUGUUCCCGCUUAAUUAAGGUGCUCACCAGGUGCUUUCUCAGAUGGCAACAUUUUCCAGAGUAAAUGAAUCAUAUGUAGACCUUUCAAACGUAGAGAGUGCUCUUGUUGUGAUUAGAACGUUGAGCCCGUCAAAAGAAACAUAAUUAUACAUUAUCGUGAGAUGAACUCAAAAUACAUCCAGAUGUUCACAAUAUUGGUUGCAAUUUAAUUCAAAUAUUUUGGGUAUUGAAAAUGUACCCAAUAACAAUGACCUAUUACCACUUCUUGGACAUUGUUUUUGCUUUAGCUUUCUCACUGAAGGUGAAAAGGAAUUGUUUUCAGAUGUCUUAUUGUUGAACAGACUGGUUAUGGGGUGUAGGAAGUCCAAAAUACGGGUUUGUAUCUAAUAAUGAAAGCACACGUUCUGUAAUCGGUCUUAUUAGAUACAAACUCUGCAGUCAAAGUUUAUGUGUGUCUUUUAUCAGAUAUUUUAAUAUUUUUACCAAUUGAGACAUGGCAUCAGAGGCAGAGGGAGUGGCCCACAGUGAUUCAGUGUUGAGUUACCAAAGGGAUAUUUUGAAAUUUGAAUUUUAUAUUAUUGAUACAAAGGACAUAAAAUACUGAAUAGUGGUAUUUUA